CUGCAGUCAGCUCACACACUCUCUCCUGUGGCAGACAGACAGACAGACAGACAGACACACCGAGGGACGGUGCUGUGUGAGGAGCAGAGCCGUGCGUGUUUGCGCUCACACUGUGUGUGUGUGUGUGUAUAUAUAUAUACAUAUAUAUGCGCGUGCGCGUCUGGGGAAGACUUGGAGAGCCCGAGGCGCACGCACACAGACAGGAGGACAUUGGGAGCCAGCAACUGGUGAUAAGCCCUUCAGAGGAAGAAGAGGAGGGGGUGUUGGAGGAAGAAUCAUUCGUUCUUUAUUUGACUGACUGACUGAAAGUAAAAGGAAAACUCUGCUUCAGACCGAGCUGCUCUGGGAUUUUCAGUCGUAGUCGGUACUUUUUCAUCUGAUCUCAGCAUCCCUGCUUCCCCUCCUGUCCCCGUCCCUCCUGAGUGCGCAGCGGCAGAGGAAGGGACGGGAGAAGCAGGCGGACGGAGCGUCUCCGCCGGGGUUUGAUCCACUGGUUGCAGGAUGAUGGAGUGACAGACACCUCUGGAUCCUGCUUCUGCUCUGUUUUUUUGUGAGAACUAUAUUUCGCACCUCGGGAUUAUUUCAGCCUGUUCUCAUGAUGACCGGAGACUGUGUUGUGCGCUUCGUCCUGAUGCUCUGCUGCGCGCUCCUCUCCGCCAACGCCAGUAACUGGCUGUACUUGGCCAAGCUGUCGUCAGUGGGAAGCAUCCGGGACGAGGAGACGUGUGAGAGGCUGCGAGGUCUCAUCCAGAGACAGGUUCAGAUCUGUAAGCGCAGCGUGGAGGUGAUGGACGCCGUGCGUCGUGGGGCUCAGCUGGCUAUAGACGAGUGUCAGUUUCAGUUUCGCAACCGACGAUGGAACUGCUCCACUCUGGAGACGAUGCCUGUGUUUGGCAAAGUGGUCACACAAGGCACCCGUGAGGCAGCCUUUGUGUAUGCCAUCUCAGCCGCCAGUGUGGCGUUUGCGGUCACAAGGGCCUGCAGCAGCGGAGAGCUGGAAAAAUGUGGCUGUGACCACAAUGUACAUGGAGUCAGUCCAGAGGGGUUCCAGUGGUCGGGCUGCAGUGACAACAUUGCAUACGGUGUGGCCUUUUCUCAGUCCUUUGUGGACGUGAGGGAGAGGAGUAAAGGUCAGUCCUCCAGCCGCGCACUCAUGAACCUGCACAACAACGAGGCGGGCAGAAAGGCCAUCCUGUCCCACAUGCGAGUGGAGUGCAAGUGUCACGGUGUGUCGGGCUCCUGUGAGGUGAAGACCUGCUGGAGAGCCAUGCCGCCCUUCCGCAAGGUGGGCAACGUCAUCAAAGAGAAGUUUGACGGCGCCACCGAGGUGGAGCAGCGCAAGAUGGGCAGCACCAAAGUUCUGGUGCCUCGCAACGCUCAGUUCAAACCUCACACGGACGAGGACCUGGUCUACCUGGAGCCCAGUCCGGAUUUCUGCGAUCACGACCCACGGACGCCGGGCAUGCUGGGCACGGUGGGCCGCCAGUGUAACAGAACCUCAAAGGCCAUUGACGGCUGCGAGCUGAUGUGCUGCGGCCGCGGCUUCCAGACGCAGGAGGUGGAGGUGGUGGACAGGUGCAGCUGUAAGUUCCACUGGUGUUGUUACGUCAAAUGCAAACAGUGCCGCAAAAUGGUGGAGAUGCACACGUGCCGGUGAUGGAGGCGGGAGCACAGAAGGCACUGCUGAUGGACAAAACAAACGCCCCCCCACACGCUCGCUCAGAGAGCGAGGAGGACUCGUGGAGCUCCCUCGUCUCCUGCUUGAAACCACCAUUCCCACCUACCACUGGUCAAUGUAAACAGACUGGCUGAGAGGUCAGAGGUCAUCCUGUUCAUGUAUGGAAAUGAGUCGUUUGUGCACAGGAUUUAAACCUGCAGAGGCAGUUUGUUUCUUCUCGAGUCCCGAGUGUCUCUGGCUGUCUGUCUCUGUCCCUCACUCUCAUGUUUGGUUUGUCGUUGAGAAUUCUUUUUUUUUUGUAAUGGUUAACUUAUUUGUUGAGACUGAGGAGACUGACGGGGGUCCGGGGGCGGAGGAGGGGCCAAACUGGACCAAUUGAUGGGCAG